UAAUUAUUUAUCAAAAAUAUAUAAUUAUGCAACGGACUUUAGAAUAUUUAGUAUAUUGACAUUUUUGGGACAUCUGAACGCUGCCGUUUUAAGUAUUUUGACGUCUGGUCGCCGGACUUGAGAGUUCGAACAAACAAAAUAAAUAUCGAUCAUAACACUAAGAAGUAGUAUUAGUAGUAAAACGAUAUAUUCCUGUUAUUACUUCGUCAUGGAUAUUUCUAAGUUAUGUCGUUGUUGUAUGAAAGAAGUUGCGUCGUGGGAGAAAGAGAAUUUUAGUGCUGGAGUCGUUGAAAUGUUUUGUUUUUGCACAAAUAUUAAGGCAAUCGAUGAUGAAAAAUUACCGAAACAGUUUUGUUACGACUGCGUUAUUAAAAUCGAAUCCUGCUAUACGUUUAUAAAAGAAGCACAAAAUGUAAACAUAACACUUAAAAACAUGGCAUCUCGAAGUGAAACUAGAAUAAUUAUCAAUCCAGAUAAAGUGCAAAACUCGGAACACCAAGAACAUAAUAAAUUAAAAUUGACAUUACCAGACUACAAAUUGUCAAUCGGAGUUAGUAAUUAUGAGCAAACGAUGCCAGAAGUAGACAAAAAUAUAUCUGCUCAAGUUGAAAAUAACCAGAUAGAUUCUGUGCCCAAAGACAUCCCAAAUGAUUUGGUACGGUUGAAAACAGAAGAUAAAAUUCCCAAUGAUUCCAAAAAGAGUGUAUGUCCAGUUUGUAGAAAAGAAUUUAUGUCUAAGAAAUGGUUUUCCAAGCACAUGGAGAAGGAACAUUCUGGUCAUAAAUACACAUGCUUACAUUGUCCAAAGUCGUUCUCAAAGCCCUUUCAACUGGCCUAUCAUUCUACAACCCAUUCCGAGGAGCGCAAUUUCCCCUGUCUCACUUGCGGAAAGAGUUUCAAGAGACGCAAACAGCUCACCAUUCACACCAGAUCACACUCCGAUGUCAGACCUUUUGCCUGUGAUAAAUGUUCGAGGAGGUUUAAAGAUAAAAGCGUUCUGAAAUCUCACAUGAAGGUGCACGACAAUGUGAAGCAGUAUCUGUGCUCGUACUGCGGGUGGAGCUUUGCUCAAGCGAGUAACCUGAAAGUGCACCUCCGCACUCAUACCGGAGCCAAGCCCCACGCGUGCUCGCAGUGCGGGUUCCGCUCGUCCGCCGCCUCCUCACUGAGGAGACAUCAGCGCCGGCACCAGGGAGCCCGGCUGUACGUGUGUGAACAGUGCAGGAAGGGGUUCUUCGAUGCUAGUGGCUUGGCUCGCCACAGUCGCACCCACUCAGGAGAGCUGCCCUACCAGUGUCCGGGAUGUACUCGGUCCUUCCCUGACAGUUGGAAACGGAAAACACACCUCAUGAGGGCUCACAGGCUGCCACUGCAGGACAUACCGCGCAUGCGCAGCGACGGAAGGCCUCUGUAGGGGGGGACAGGGCUCCGACUGAUGAGAAACGAAAACAAAGAAACAUCGCAUUCAUAUUUUUUUAACAAAAUAGAAUUUACUUAGUGUUGUUAUCGCUGUGUCAAUGUUGUUAGUAUGAAAGAAUUUAAAAAAAAAUUGUUAAAUAAAUACAGUACAUAAAAUUUUUUCUAAUUCCAAAGAUAUUUCAAAAUACUGAAGAAUUCUAUGGUCUGAUAGAAAAUACACCUGGUCGAACUUCUAGUCACAAUUUAUAUUUUUAAUUGUUAUUUUAAGCUGUAAGUAACUUAAGGGAAUAAAUAAAACCGCAUAUAAAUAAAUAACAGUAUAUUUGUUUGUACAUU